CAUUAUUUAUGUCUAAUAUCUUUGUUAAUAGCAUCCACUACAGCAUUAACAAGUCAUUUCAAUUAUCUCCUGGAUUCGGUCGUCAAUCAGCAAGAUUUGAGUAUUUACCUGAUAUUAAAAAUACUGACGUGGUUGAAUAUUAUAAGUUUUUAAACUCUGCACAAGCUUUGGAAGAUCUGGUGAAUUUGAUCAAAAUGCUGAAAUCUGACGCUAAGUUCAAAUCGUCGAAGGUGGUAGUUAUCGGUGGAUGGUAUGCAGGAAGCCUUGCAGCCUGGAUAAGGGAACUACAUCCUGAUUUAGUGGAUGCUGCAGUUGCUAGCAGCGCUCCAGUCUUAGCCAAAAAAGACUUUCAUGAAUACUUAGACGGCGUCCGUUACACUUUUGGUAAAUACGGUCCUAAGACCUGUUUAAGCAAUAUGGAAAAGCUGUUUAAAAGAUGCGAGGAACAAUUGAAAAGCUCAAGUGGAAUUAAAGAUCUAAAAAGGGAAUGGAAUAUUUGCCAAGAAAAUGAUAUGACUGUGUUACAAAAUCAACAAUAUUUCUUUUAUUACAUGGCUUACAGACUUCUCAAAGGCACUGCAACAUAUUCAUCACCACAUAUAGUUGAAUAUGUCUGCAAAACAUACUUUGGUUCCGAUGAAAAAUUAUCACUGAAUAACUUGGAAAAGACUAUGUCUAUUAGAGGUGGUUGUAAUAAUGUUGAUUUUAGUUCACAAGAUUUUACAAAAUUAGAGUAUGCUGCAUGGAUUUAUCAAAUUUGCACAGAGUUUGGUUACCAAGAAACUACAUCAACAGAAAAACAGCCAUUCGUUCACUGGAAUCCAUUGGAGUUUGUGAUUAAAAUGUGCAAAGGUUUUGUGAAAGGGGAUGUUGAAAAGAAGAUGGAUGAAGGAAUAGCGAAGACAAAUAAGAAAUAUGGCGGAUUGACACCAAAUGUGACUAAAGUAGUAUUCACACAUGGAGAUAUGGAUCCUUGGCACAAUCUUGGAGUGGUUAAAGAUUUAGGACCGGAAGCUCCAGCAACAAUGGUGAACGGAACCUCACAGUGUGGCGUCCUGAUUGCUACGGAAGAUGAGCCAAAAGAAAUGAAAGAAAAUCGAAAAUAUGUGAAGGAGCUGAUCAAGAAGUGGAUAUCGUAAUAAUUUAAGAUGAUGCGAUGUGUAUAACUGUGUAUGUCUAAAAUGUAAUAUUAAAAUGACAAACAAUAC